CCACACACUUGCACAUAAACACCUAUGUAUCGAGCCGAAUCGUGUUGUUGCUUUGGCUAGUUGAUCAUUCAGUUGGCGUACGCGUGCGCUCUGAUCCACCGAUCUGAUCCAAACCGAUCCUCCAGAUUCAGACGAAGUUAUUUGAUUCGGAUACCGGAAUUGUCAACAAAAGGCAGCGGCGCCGGCGUCAGCAUCAUUCAUUCGAAUUUCUAAGCUGGCUCGUAAGUGUUGGUGUGUGCGUGUGAGCCAGCCUGCUUUCUGAGCGUGUGUGUGCGCUUAAUUCGCGUGUGCGUGCGCAUGUGUGUGCAUGUUUGUGUCUAGCCUGGCUCUAUUGUUGUUGUUUCAGGUGUGGGUAAGAAGCAGAAAAGACAGUUUGUGCCCUAGCAAUAACAAAAACAAGGCGAGAGAGAGACAUUGUCGCCGCGCAGUCGCUCCUCUGCCGCCGUCAACGUCGGUGCCGCAGCGCACAGUUCGAUCCGCUCGCUAGUUGUUGCUGUUUAGUGUUCGUUGUGGUGUCGCUUGUUGUUGUUUUGAUCCGUCCGGAAUCGCAUAGCGAUAAUUUAUAUAUGUAUAUAUAUAUAAAUUAAUAGUGGUGCAAAAAGGCGAGCAAAUCGAGUCAAGUCAAGUCAAAUCAAAUGCCCAAUCUGCGUGUGCUUGUGUGCCUGUAAUUGUUGUUUUGUUGUAAUUGCACCCGCGCACACACUCAAACACUUAACUGCGGGAAAGAGCGCAUUCCAAUCCCUACACACACACACGCGCACACGCAUACACAGCCAUCGCCGAUCAUGGAAAUUUGGCGCUCGCUCACAGUGGGCACCAUCGUGCUAUUGGCCAUCGUCUGCUUCUACGGCACCGUGGAGUCCUGCAACGAGGUCGUCUGCGCCUCGAUCGUCUCCAAGUGCAUGCUCACCCAGAGCUGCAAGUGCGAGCUGAAGAACUGCUCCUGCUGCAAGGAGUGCCUCAAGUGCCUGGGCAAGAACUACGAGGAGUGCUGCAGCUGUGUGGAACUCUGUCCGAAGCCCAACGACACCCGCAACUCUCUGUCCAAGAAGUCCCACGUGGAGGACUUCGAUGGAGUGCCGGAGCUCUUCAACGCCGUGGCCACUCCGGAUGAGGGCGACAGUUUCGGGUACAACUGGAACGUGUUCACGUUUCAAGUGGAUUUCGACAAGUACUUGAAGGGUCCGAAGCUGGAGAAGGACGGUCAUUACUUCUUGAGAACCAACGAUAAGAACCUGGACGAAGCGAUUCAGGAGCGCGACAACAUUGUGACCGUAAACUGCACGGUUAUAUAUCUGGAUCAGUGCGUGUCGUGGAACAAGUGCCGCACCAGCUGCCAAACAACAGGCGCCAGCAGUACGAGAUGGUUCCACGACGGUUGCUGCGAGUGCGUGGGAUCCACCUGCAUCAACUACGGCGUGAACGAGAGCCGCUGUAGAAAGUGCCCGGAGUCGAAGGGCGAACUGGGCGACGAGCUGGACGAUCCCAUGGAGGAGGAGAUGCAGGACUUCGGGGAGAGCAUGGGCCCGUUCGAUGGACCCGUGAACAACAACUACUGAGCGCGGUGCGAUCAGGAUGCCAUUCAAGGAUUCAAGAAACAGAACAAAACAGAAGCCCACAUCUAACAAAUUUAGCUACUCAAUUCAGUGACAUUAUUAUUAUUAUUAUGUAGUACGAAGUAAUAUUUGUAUAGCACUAUUAUUAUUAUUUUUAUUUACAACAAAUGAAUAGGCGCUUUGAAUUGUUUUACUUAUGAACCGGCCAAGAUAUAUAUAUAUAUAUUAUAUUACACUUUUUUUUUUGGACUAAAAAAUGUAUUUUUUGUCAAAGUUUUUGAGAGUUUUGAUAUUCCUGGGCGGGGUGAAGUGCAAUUACUUAGUUGACCACACUUUGCUAACUUCUUGUAAAUAAAAAUUUCAUAUGUAAACAGUAA